UUCCCCAGCCGCCGGAAGAGGAGCUUCCGGAAUCGGCGUCCGUGCGGGAAGUGGAGCCUCGGGAUUCGGAGUCCGGGCGUGAUGACGCGCAUACGCGGGAAUACGUGAGGACGCAGGCGGGUCUUAGAGAGAGUGCAGCUCUCUGCGUGCCUUCCUGGGUGGCUAAUCCCCGAGCAGAAUUCCCCGUCUGUGCUCCUCCUGAUAGCCAGCCAUGCAGCGGAGAUCAAGAGGAGUCAACGUGGGGCUCCUCAUGCUGCUCUCUCAAGUGUUCCAUGUUGGGAUCAACAACAUUCCUCCUGUUACCCUGGCAACCUUGGCUCUCAACGUCUGGCUCUUCCUGAAUCCUCUGAAGCCCCUGCACUAUUCCUGCAUCAGCGUGGAAAAGUGUUACCAGCAAAAAGACUGGCAGCGUUUGCUGCUCUCUCCCCUGCACCAUGCAGAUGACUGGCAUUUGUAUUUCAACAUGGUGUCCAUGCUCUGGAAAGGAAUAAAGCUGGAGAGAAGACUGGGAAGCAGAUGGUUUGGCUACAUCAUCACCACCUUCUCCCUGCUCACGGGGGUGGUGUAUUUGCUCUUGCAGUUCACUCUUGCAGAAUUCAUGAAUGAGCCCGACUUCAGAAGGAACUGUGCUGUCGGCUUCUCAGGAGUUUUGUUUGCCUUGAAAGUUCUUAGCAAUCAUUACUGCCCUGGCGGCUUUGUCAACGUUUUGGGCUUUCCUGUCCCAAACAGAUUCGCUUGUUGGGCAGAGCUGAUAGCCAUCCACUUCUGCACCCCAGGGACGUCCUUCGCUGGGCACCUGGCCGGCAUCCUUGUUGGACUGAUGUACACUCAGGGGCCUCUGAAGAAAAUCAUGGAGACAUGUGCAGGUGUUUUUUCCCCCAAUGUUGGAUACCCAGGACAACAGUACUACUUUAAUAGUGCAGGCCCCUCUGGAUAUCAGAAUCACUACCCAGAUGGCAGAGCAGGGGCCUAUGAAGAAGCUCACAGGAACUAUGAUGCCUACACGGCAGGACUGAGUGAGGAGGAGCAGCUGGAAAGAGCUUUGCGAGCCAGCCUCUGGGACCGAGCUCUCUCAUCUAAGGGAAGGAUAUGAUCGCGCCCUGUGAUGUCACUGUCGUAUGCUUCAAGUGACGGGAGUGCUUAUUGGCUCCUCUGCAGAUCUGCGAACGCCAGCAAGUUAAACAGCCCUGUGGCCACUCGUGGUGAAGAGCAGGGAAAGUGGCCAUCAACACAUAGCCAUAAAAUGUAGAGAUUACUGUAUUAUACGGAAGGGUAGAAAACUGAAAAUUUUCCAUCAAAAACCACAAGUCAAUAAAUCGUAUGAUCUCAGUACUGGAGCCGUCAUGGAGCUAAGUCAUCUUAAAUAGGAAAUGGUUCCCCAGGCCCUCCGAAGCGUGUUCGCCGUUUCAUUGUGUGAGAUUGGGGUCUGACGUCCAUUUGCAGGGACAUGGGGGUGAGUCUCAUGAAUACUAAUAGUCAUUGCCUGGCUCUUCAGAGCAGGGCCAUUUCACCCACCCAGGCCUGUCAAUGUUCCAUGUGUGAUUAUUUAACUAAACAGAGGAAAAGUCCAUGCUGGACCCUCGGGCUUUCCCAACAAGCCCAAAGGCUCCUCUGUGUUACAAAGAUGUGCUGCCCCAUGAAGUUCGUUAAUGACUUUUCGCUGUUCAUUUCUUAGCUAACAACUCCACACGUGUGCAAAUCACUGCUGAAAGUAUCUACAAACGUAACCCGACUCGUUCUUUAAGGAGUUCCUGGUGUUGGGAUUUCAUUUUCAGUAUGUAUUAUGGAGUUAGUUCAAACACAGACAUUUAAUAGGCUGCCUGGUGUGAGGGAUGUAACAGGCGUUCCCUACAUACUACUUAGCGACAGAUAUGCACUGUCCCCUACAGUCCUCUUAACAAUCUCACAGGGCAGUGCGAGGGGGGGGGGGCUCUCACCAUUCCAGGUCAUGAACUAGGAGACCAAGACCAACAUGAGGGAAACCACUCACUCAAAGAUGCAUAGCUAUGUACCACCAGUUCUCAGUCUUCCUCAUGCCGCCUCAUGCCGCCGCCUCUUAAUAUAGUCCCUCGUGCUGUGUGACCCCCCCAACCAUAAAAUUGUUUCAUAAUUGUAAUUGUGUGACUAUUAUAAAUCAUAAUGUAAAUAUCUGAUGUGCAGGAUUUCUGAUAUCGGACCCCUGUGAAAGAGUCAUUUGACCCCAAAGGGGUCACAACCCACAGUUGAGAGUUAUGGCUAUAAAGGAAGGAGAAGGGAUCUUGUAAGGUCAUUGCACUCCAGAGCACUGGAAGGCAAACAGCCCCCUUGUUCAGCAGCCCCUCUCCUGUAGAAACCACCCACAGCCUGUUUAAUGAAGCAUCUUGUAUGGGGCGCGUCCAUGAGCCCAAGACAGACUGAAGAAGCCAUCUCCUGAUUCUCUACCAGCCUGUUCCCGUUAUGAAACUGGCGACAUCUUCCACCCAUCUGAAGCUGGUCCAGAUCCUGUGCUGUAUCCCUAAGCAACUUAAGCAAAUGUCAGAAACAUGAGAAUAAGGCUCUUGAGACCCUUGGACCCUUUGGGUUCCAGAAGAGAGAAUAGCAGUAGGAAUAGCAGAUGGGAGUCACAGAAAUAUGUUUAAAGAUCAGUGCAGAGAAAGGAGCUGGAUGGCAGAGUAGACAGGGCCGUGUUCCUGGCUUCAUGCUGACCCAGAGUGCACACACAGCAAGCAGCAGGUGACUGAUGACCGAUGACUGACUUCAAGUUUCUCUCAGAAUAUCAGAUUUAUUUACACUUAAAAAUAAAGCAGGGCUAGACGGUGGUGGCGCAUGCCUUUAAUCCCAGCACUGAGGAGGUAGAGACAGACAGAUCUCUGUGAGUUCGAGGCCAGCCUGGUCUACAGAGUGAGUGCCAGAACAGUCUCCAAAGCUACACAGAGAAACUCUGUGUCAGAGAAAAAAAAAUUGAGUGGCAUCGUGUUUGGGUCCUGGAUUAAGCCAUUCAAAUAGCAGGGUAGCUUUGUUAUUAUCAGAAACUGAGUUUGAAGAAUUUUUUUUUAAAUACCCAGAAUGUGAAACCUGAAUUAAUGCUACCAUGCUAAUGGAGAUGGUGACGCUGUGACCAUCUUUUAGAACUGGACUGCUCUGCUUUGUGUUGAAAUGUAAGAAAAUGGGAGGUGGGAUUUUAGGCCCAGACCUUUGAUAUUAGCUGAGCCUUCUUACACUGCUCUUUCCCGGUUUUCUGUGUUCAAGUCUCAGUGAGUCCCACAUAGCCACGAAGAGAAGCACUGGGUGUGGGUGGAACGGUCAGGUGUGGCAAGGAGGUACGGUGUCUAACUUGUUCCCUGAUUCAGAAGUGAUGGCAGUUGGGAAGGUUAUAAGAGGCCAGAGAACCUUGGCUCAAGUACAGCUCCUUUCUCUACCGGCCAGGUGGCCUGAGAUGUCUUUGCUGACACUCUCUGUCCUUAGCCCACCUGUGGGACUAGUUUGGGAACAGAAGCUAAGUGAAAUCGGAGCCCUUGAGAGAGCUCUAUAAAUGGGGUGACUUUCAUGUCUCUAAGGAUGUAGGGAUGUGAGUCCUCUCCUCGGUGAGUAGCAUUUCUUCUGUUGUCUAAGCCUCAGUUUUCCUUGGAUGCUCUGCAAAUGGGGAGAGAGAGAGAGAGAGAGAGAGAGAGAGAGAGAGAGAGAGAGAACACAUACACACAGCCUACUUAGACUGAGCGCUGGACCUGAGGAACUCUCACUGUCUGCCCCCUAAGUCUUUGCCUCUCCUUCCGUCAUGAAACAAUUAGUCUUCCCAAAGGCAACUGAGAAUCAUCUGUCACGGAAACACAGCAGAGGACACUGGCUUUCUCUGAGAGUCUGAGGACACUGUCCACUCCCAUUGGUUUGUGUCCUGUGGCAACCUCGCCACGUUGAACUGCUCCUGAUUCUAAUCAGAGUCCUUGCCCAUCUGCAGCAGGCUGUCAAGUGCUGGCCUGCGUUCAUAAGGGCAGUUAGAAUUCUCUCGUUAAAAGCAGCCACAAACAACGAAGUCGGAUUUGGAUCUGACUUCAUGAAACAAUUUUAAGCAAUAAACUUGUGUUGAUUUGAUUCAUGUACUUGGCAUUUCAAAAAUUCACUAUUUUGAACAAAGACAAAUUCCUUUAUAAAAACAGCAAAAACUGUAUCCUGUCAGACUUUGAAUUUUGGAAAUUCAUAAAAUGUUUAUGGUGAAAGUUUUUUAGUGUUUUUAUUCACUGUCGUCUUUAAUCUAGGUUAAGAUGGUGACAUGCGUUUUGCCGUACUAAAAGGCCAUAAAGUAAAGGUUCAUCAUCAGUGAUGAACAUGGGCACAAGACUUUCUCUGUUCACUUUUGAGUGUUCCAGUCAAGAAGGGAUACACGGGCUUAAGAGGUCAUCACCCCAGGAUCUCAACAAGAGAGGACUAGUUAGAAGUAAGCAUCAGGGUCCCAGUAACAACACAUAAACAAAGUCACACAAGAGUUCCUGACUAGCUUUGGUGGACUUCUCAUGGACAGCUAAAAUUCCAGUUGGUUUCAGAAAUCAGUUCUCCCUGGUCUCUCUGCCAGGUCACUAUAGUUGUGACGUUUAUACACCUUGUCAAUGCGAACAACCAUGAAAGGAGCCAUUCGUAGAGCUCGAGCAUGAAAGAUCGCAUGCCCACUCGCUGUCCUUCAGAGGAUGUAAUUGUCCUUCUCAUCCUCUCAUGUGGCCAGUGAGUUCAAAGCCUUUGUUCCCCCAGUCAGCCACAGCAGCCCUGGGUGAUCUGUGAUGGGUGAUGUCUGGUCCUGACAGAUGCCUUUGGAAGUGAUAAGUGCAGUUAAUCCCGUAUUUAUUUGACCACAGCUAUGUAUUUGGGACUGAUUCAGGUCAUGAGGAGUGAGAAGUGUCAUAGGUGUCCCCUACCACCUCUGAGCUUCUAUCCCUAGUAGGAGGGAGCAGAGAUACACACAGAUGGCACCUCUCUCGGGCAGAACAUGGCAGCUAUUGGAUAGGGACAAUUAGCAGAGAAAGUCUGAAGGCUAAAGAGUUUGUCCUGGGGGAAGACUUCAGGGCUGGUCAGGUGUUGACAAAGGCAAUAAGACUUUUGGUUGCUAUAGGUGAUGAGAAAAAGAUUCAUUGCCAGUAAGCAGGCCUUGCAGAUCUAGGAGUGAAAAGAUAUGACAUUUUGGUGCCAUCUUCUUACCUGUAUCCAGAAGAGGGUAUGAAGUUUCUUCCUGAGGUUUAAGAUCAAACUACUGAUAUGGGAUGUCCUUCUGCAAGCUGCGAAUUUGUGUUGCUUUCAUUGGUUGAUGAAUAAAGCUGCUUUGGCCAAUGGCAGGGUGGAAUAUAGCUAGGUGGGAAAGCCAAACUGAAUAGAGGGAGAAAGAAGGCGAGGUUGAGAGAUGGCAGCAGCUACUGGAGGAACAAGAUGCCAGAGCAUUACCGGCAAUUCACGGGGCGCAUGGCGAUACACAGAUUGUUAGAAAUGGGUUAAUGUUUAUGUAGAGCUAGCCAGUGAGAAACCUGAGCCAUUGAUCAAACAGUUUGUAAUUAAUAUUAAGCUUCUGAGUGGUUAUUCGGGAACUGGAAGGAGGGAGAGAAAUCUCCAGUUACAGGCUAUAUAUUUCUCCUUCAAAGAAUACCUCCGUGUGCUAACUGAAGUUCUUAUACUCUCACAGCCUAUAUUUGGAAUAUGUCUACAGAACUGAGGAACCUCCCUCUCAGUCAUGUGACCUUUGCAUAUGAUGCUCAUGUUUUUGCCUGUCAGCUGGCGCAGUGUGUGUUGGGUGGGGCUGGGGCGAGUUGACUGAGAAGGACAUUAAAAAAAAAAUCAAGGCAGAACACGAAUCCCUUGAGAUAUGACAUCACCACCAUGGGUCAGUCAGCUCUGCUCCUGUUCUCCCUUGUGUACGCUGCCCUUCUCCUCUGGGAAGGUGGGACUCAUGUGUCUCAGUCAAGUGUGCUUCUGAUACCCAGGCUGGGAAGACGGGCACAUUAGAGGAAGGAAGGAGAGGCCCCAGGGCUAAGCAGGAGAAGUCAACCAGCAUAAUCAGCAGUGGGCUAUGGAGGAGUUAGUUGAGUUGGGCAUAAAAAAUGAAAGCAGCCCUUGAGACAUAUAGAAGGUUAAGUGAUGAAAAUUAUGGAACAUGGCAGAAGAAAAAAGUCAAAGUGGGCUGAGUGUCAAGAAGCUGAGUAUGAAUUAAGCCCAUGGGCUGAACCAUACUAAAGAUUAUUUGCUCUCUGUUGAAAUUACUAUUGACAGCUGAAGUUAAAAUAUGUUUGCCAUGUGCCUUUUUAGUGUUGAAAUAAGGAUGACACCAAGCAUCUGGUUUUCUCCUCUUGGAACCCUAGGGUACACACUCCCUUGUAAAUGUCAGCACGAUGGAUAGGCAGUGUGUGAUUUCCCUUUCCGCUUCCUCGCUACAGGAAAUACCAGAAAUGGCCCAACGCCCUAUGGGUUCCGACUCA